GACGACGGUGCUGAAAUCGAUGAUAUGCCUUACGCGAAGCCAAAGCGAGAGGUCGACGACGCGCCCGGGAUUAUCGGCGGCCGAUGUGAAUUUCGUAGACACGAUGCGGCUGAGUCUUUGCCGACGCACUAAGGAUGAGAACGCGGUAUCUAGUGAAGCCGAGGAGACCAGGAGGAAGAUGAACUUGGAGGUAGUGAAGAGGAAGGAGACACUUCAGCUUAAAUCAAAGAUUAUCGAGUCGAGGAUGAUUAACACGUGCAUACAGGAGGAAAAUGAGAAUCGUGAAACAAAGGAGGUAAUAAAAGGCGUGAAUGAAGGAAAACUCGAAGAAAUGAGCUCGAUGAUUACGACAAACAGUGAUGAACAUUUCGGGAGCAUGCGACCGACCAGUUGGUCCCCACCGCCUGUUAAAGCUGGCAUCUUUCAAAGGAAAAAUCAACACAACUUAAAUGUGUGUAAAAUCAACGUGGCGCCAAGUGUUAUACCGACAUCUUUUAUGGUUCACAGGCUUCAGAUUGGUUCAAGCACGCCUUUAAAAGGACCCCGCGGCACAUCAAUUAUGAUAAAUAACCAACAACAGACGCAUUGCACAGAUACCACUUCGGACUCGGACAACAGAGUUACGAUUAGCGUUGGCGGCGAAGAUAGUAUUUGCAAUCCCACCGUUAUAUCAGUCAAUAACAACGCACUUGAAAUACCAUCGAAUAUUCAGACAUUUAAUGAUCAAAAGCGAACUCUUGUAAUUCUUGAUAACUAUCGAUCCAACAUUGUCAUUAGUGGAGAACGACAGGAGCAACAGCAGCUUCAGGAUAUUAACGCAAAUGAGAUGAAAGUAUCAACGAUUCAGAGCAACCCCAUCGAGAUCAAAUCCCCAACAAAAUUCAAAGAAAGCGACGAAUCUUUUGAUGGUUCACCUAAAUGGAAGCAAGUAAUUGAUGCCCCAGUACCUUUGACAAAUUCAAAAGAAGAAAUAAUCUCCAAAUUGCUGGAAGAUUCUUUGCGUAAGGCUCGAGAAAAUGGCGAAAUCUUGGAUCAGAGCAGCGGCGAAGCUAUUCUUAAAAUUCUUAAACAAAGCCUACUUAAAAGUUCACAAUCAACUACUGAAGCUGAUCCCGAAUACUUUAGACCAUGUUGUAAUUUGAAUUCGAGUGCGCUUAACAGCGAGAUUAUAACAACCAACAUGUUUCUAGAGGAGAAUGCAUACGAGAUGAUAAAAGAACCGAUUUAUGAAGAAAUACCGGAUGAGCCACCGCCAUUACCUCUCAGUCCACCUCCAACAGAAGAUUUCCUAAAAAGUCGAAUCUUCUUCGGAGAUGAAUACAAGGAAAGUUUUAGAGACUUAAGCAAUGGAAUUGCGCAAUCGCUAGAUGACUUUUAUAAACCUUUGAAUAAUGAUUCUGGUCAAUAUCUCGAAUGUUCAUAUUUAUCAAAAAGCCAAAACGAGUCUUUUAAGAAGUCGUCUAGUUCCUCUAUGGGUGAAAAAAAGAGCCUGUCCAGUAAAUUUGAACUUUUAAAUUUCAUUAUGGACUCGAAGGAACGAACUCGGGAGGAGGAGGAGGAGGAGGAAGAGGAGGAGGAAGAGGAAGAUCCUGAGCGAGAUUUGGAAGCUUUGUACGAGCAAAAAGAAACAAGUUUGGGAGAUUUGAGUUCCAAAAGUUCGCAAAUUUCAAACGUAUCAGACAGCAGUGAAGAGUGCAACAUCAUUCUUGCCAAUUCACCGGAAGCACUGAAGACGCGGACGGUGGAUAUUGAGAGAACUGACAGCGGUGUCGGUUCGGAAAGCAGUCAAGCGAGCAGUGGUCGUGGGGGUGGUAUCGUGAGGCGAUGGCGAACCGGAAGUGCCGGUGGUCUAGGCCUUAAUGUCUGCAGCAGCGGGACAAACAAUGUCAUAAAACCAGUGACGUCGACCACGGCGACGGCGGCGGCAGCGGCGGCAGCGGCGGCGGCGUCGUCGUCGUCGUCGUCGUCAGUGGCAACGUCAGCAACAGUAGUGACGACCAACUCGAGCAAUAAUGCAUCGCACAAAGCAGACGUCAAGCAUUGCGAAGACUGCGAACAGUGGAUCGAACCCCUCAUCAUUGACAGCGGGUGCAUUUACUCGCCAUUAGUGUGUCGGAAAUGUGGAAAAAAGCGUGCUGAGAGAAAAGAAAUAAUCACAGAGAUCGUAGAGACGGAGCAAAAGUAUGGCCGGGAUCUUCAGAUUAUCUUGGAGGAGUUUCACCGACCUAUGCUCAGGGCUGGUUUACUAACCCAAGAACAGCUUUCCGCAAUAUUUCUUAAUGUUGAGGAGCUCCUCGAGCACAAUCAAAUCCUUGCGGAAAAGCUCAAGGAUGCCUUUGACAUCGCGCAGGAAUCUGGUGAUGAGGAUCUGGUAACGGUUGAUUUAGGAAAAAUUUUUCUCGAAUCCGAGAGAAUGCUACACGCUUUCGAAAGUUACUGCACUCGACAAGGAGGUGCCAGUCUUUUGUUACAAAAUUUAGAAAAGGAAAAAGAACUCCUAAGAAUAUUCUUGAAGGUUUCGCAGAUGGAAAACACUGUAUUACGUAGAAUGAAUCUCAAUUCCUUCUUAAUGGUUCCAGUACAAAGAGUGACCAAAUAUCCGCUUCUUUUGGCACGUCUAUUGAAAGCAACCCCCUCGGGAAGAUUAGAAAUGCAAGAAUUGAAAAAAAGGCUCAAACAAGCUCAGACUAAUAUAGAACUACAUUUAGAGCAUAUGAAUGCUGAGGCCAAAGAUAUUACGUCGACAAAACUCUGGCGACGAAUUUCAAUAAUACAAAAUGGUAGAAGACCAACUGGUGAACAAGAUAUGGUUAAUAUUAAGCUGAGAAAAAUGGCUUUAGAGGUACUAGAGUGGGCUCACGAAGAUUCGAGAUUCGUGUUAGAGGGUCGAUUGUUAGUAGCUCAACCAACUGAUAAUAAUUGGAGGAGAGGUCGAACUGUCAAACUCGCGCCUGUAACUGCCAUGCUCGUCACUAAUGGGAAGCCAAAUACCGAAUUUCUUGAUUAUUCUGAUGACUGUCUUUUUCCAAAACAAAUUGGGAUUAAAGAUGCGACUCUUCUGCUUGUUAAAGAAAAACUGGGACGGUACUCAUUAUUACGAGAACCCCUUUACCUUGACAAGUGUAUAGUAUGCUGUGAGACGGAUUUUGAAGACUACUUUGAGGUUCAAGAAUUGUAUUCCAGGGAGACUUUUAUCUUUAAGGCUGAGGAUGGCGUCAGAACAAAACGGUGGUGUCGAACAUUACAGACUCAUGCGCAGUCCCUUGGGGCCUGGCGGCGACGUCGCGGUGCCCUCCCAAACAUCAUGAUUUGUGGUGUAGCAAGAAAUUGAACAUCAAAAACAUUUUUAAAAGAGUUGAAGUGUGAAAAUGAAUGAAAGGAGAGAAAGAGUGAGAGUGAG